AUGUUAAGUAGCCAACAGAGUCUUGAUGUGAACACCUGUCGGAUUUGCCAUGAUGAUGAAAGUUUGGAGCAAUUGGUAGAACCAUGUGAAUGUUCGGGAACAGUGGCACUUAUGCAUAUCAGUUGUUUGGAAAAAUGGCUUACCACGUCAAAUACUCGAUCGUGUGAAAUAUGUAAAUAUAGGUUUCCUCUUCAAACAUUGAACAAGCCAGUUAUGGUGUCACUCAAACAAUGGGUAAACAUAAAAAGUAACUCCAGAGGAUUGAUAGUCGACUCAAUAUGCGUGCUUGUUCUGACAUUUUUAUUCAUGUCUGGAAUAUAUCUGUGCUAUAUUGGAAUUGUUUACUUUACACAACUUAAAACUUGGGAAAGCACUAUAAUAUUAACUUUAUCAAUUAUAUUGAUUCUUAUUUAUUGUAUUUGGCUGGCUGUUACAAUAAGUUUUUUAAACGAUAAUGUUAUUUUGAUUGAAAAACAUCAACAUAAAUUUUCUAUCAGUGAAGCAAAGUUAAUUUCUAAUAAAAUAGCAAAUUUUUUAUUUUAUGCUACUCACCACAACCACCCCGUCCAGGGCUACUACCACAGCGUCGAGGAGGGGGGAAGUGAGUUCGACCGAAAUCACCGCUGUCCAUCUUACAGCAACAAAGAAAAUUUCAUUUGCAUUCAUGGAGACUGUGGCAUAAAAAAAAUAAAGAUAUCAAAUUGCUGA